GCUGGCUAUUCACGUGACCUCACUGAAUAUUUAUUACUGUAACUUGAGGACGACUCUGCAUUAAGAAAACCCUUUUAGCCAUGGAGAGAGUAUUCCUUUUUACGGUUGGACUGCUGGCAAGUGUUCAAGCAAUCGCUCCGCCGCCACUAAUCAAUAUUACCUAUGUACAACCCAGUGUAUCUUACAUCGGACAGCGCAUGUCCUUCCGCCACAUUUACGUGACUCACGAUGGGAAUUCGCACACUUACAGACCUUCACAGCCCAGCAUCACCAUUACUGCAACGUCCACUGUCAAAGCAGAAGCCAUGCGAAAGGCGGCUCAUAUUGUUGCUCAUAUGAUCAAGUAUUCACCAAAUGAAGUCUUCAUGGGUUUAACCAGAUCACUCGGUGUCGGCCUCUUUAGUCCUGCUGAAGGACCAACUAUUUUCCCCGAAAAUUCUAAUCUUGCAGAUUAUCCAGAAUGCUACAACAGAUGUUCGGGUAAAUGUUCAGUCACGUGUACCUUUGACGGUCGGAAAUGGCAGUCCAUCGCUGGGCUGACCAACACCAGGGCUUGUGUUCUUGCUGAAAAUGUCAUGUGUUCUCCAGGUGAUCCAUACGGUCAUUCAGAAAGCAUUUUGAACCAUGAAUUCGGACAUCUUGUUCAUAGAUAUGUGCCGCAAAUGUGGAAAAAUAAGAUUGGGGCUGCUUACAGAAAUGCCUAUAAUAGACAACUGUGGAAACUCGGUACUUAUGCUAUGGCGAAUGCCCAUGAAUACUUUGCAGAGGCAACAGAGGCUUUUUUCUUAGAUUCCAAAAGGACGGACGUAACAGGCGGUAUGAAUAUGUGUGGUACCAACAGAGUGUGUCCUAAUGAGAGAAGUUCACGGGAAUACCUCAAGAGACAUGAUCCAGCACUCUACGAAACCUUGGUUUACGCUUACACAAACGGAAGACCAAACAUGGCUAUGGGACUGAAAAUAUGUGUUGAUUAACUGUAAAUUUUACGGCAAUUAAACCUGAACUAUUUCUAUCUG